GUAUGGCGAACUUGCGGUCACCAUUUUCCCAGCCAAGUCUUCCUCUUUCCUUCUUCAGCUGCUCGUGUUCGCCGCAGAUUUAGCAGAUGUACCACAACAACUACAAGUUAACAGAAUAUUUGCUGCUGUGGUAGUUGUCUGUGUAAUUUGGUGAUGAUACAAGUUUUGUCCUCAAUGAACUUGGGGUUUCUUAGUAAUACCCCUUGGUUUAAACCUCAAUUGAAUACAGAUUCGGUGACCAAAGCUUUUACUGAAGAACCUAAACAAGAAUCUGGUAAUGAUAUCAAAUUGUCUGGGUGGCCCUUGUCCUUCCUAUCAUUGCUUCCUUGGGCAAAUAAUGGUGGUGAUAAAUCUCAUAGACCAUCUACUAUCAAUAAAGAGCUAAAGAGGCAUGCACAAACUCGUGGGAAUGUUGUUGGAAAAGAUAGUGGGGCUACCCCUUUACGCUUUAGGCCAUAUGUUUGUAAGGUUCCAUGGCAUACAGGGGUUAGAGCAUUUCUUUCUCAAUUGUUCCCUAGAUAUGGGCAUUACUGUGGACCAAACUGGUCAAGUGGUAAAGAUAGUGGAUCUCUGGUUUGGGACAAGCGACCAAUUGAUUGGUUGGAUUUUUGCUGUUAUUGCCAUGAUAUAGGGUAUGAUACUCAUGAUCAAGCCACACUGCUAAAGGCUGACUUAGCGUUUCUUGAGUGCGUGGAGAAGCCGCAUAUGAGUACUAAAGGAGACCCUCAAAUUGCUCAUCUUUACAAGACAAUGUGCAUUAAUGGUCUUAAGAAUUUUCUAAUACCUUACAGAAGGCAUCUUGUGAACCUACAACAGUCUGGGCAACCUUUCAUUCAAUUUGGAUGGCUAAGCAAUUUGAGAUGGAGAAGUUGGAACUUUCAGAAAACAUGGAGAUUGAGCUGAGUGGGGGAAAGUAGUGAGUCAUAAAAUGUGAAUUUCAUCUAAUUUUGAAUGCAUGCUGCAUUGUCACCCUUAAUCUUCGUAGUUCCGUUUGUUUUAGGCUUCUGUUUGCCAGAGCAUGCUUCUUAUUGUUACGAUCUUCACAUUUUGUAUAUUGUAUAUCGUGUUCAUAGCUUGUUUUGUAAAUUGUAACCUUUGGCGUUGCUUGACAUAUUCUAACAUAACAAGAUUGUCUGUGGUAUAAGAUCCGGAUGUCACAAAGUAACUCUGUUAUUAUAAAAAUUA